CAUUCAUCUCUAACGCUGAAUGUCGGUUCCUGUCAGGUCUGCGAGGUGCACUGCGGGCCGAGGAGGAGAAGAUGAAGGAGAAGGAUCAAGAGAGGAGAGAUCUGGAGGAGACGGUGGACGUUUUGAGGAAAGAGCUGAACAAGACGGAGCAGGCCAGGAAGGACGCCAGCAUCAAGGCGUCGUCUCUGGAGAUGCAGAAGAGCACUUUGGCGACGAAGCUGAAGCAGAAGGAGGACGAGUUGAACAAACACUCCUCCAUGAUCGCCAUGAUACACAGCCUGAGCGGCGCCAAGCAGAAGAACGACGUCAACCUGUCGCUCUGACCGCAAACAGCAAGCAGACGAGUGAUCUAGGAACAUGAUGUACUUUUUAAAACUUUAUGGACUAUGAUUUAACAUUUUUAAAACAAACACACUUAAUCAAAUAUACUAAACUAAGUGAUAUUAAAUAUUUGUAUGUCUGUUUUUAAUGUCUGGCAAAUAAAUGAUGGAUCUGUAUUCUU